CAGAAACAUCACGAACCUAUGAAUGCCGCCCAUUCUGAUCCUAAAAAGGGAUCCGGCGCAUCGUAUAGCGUCAAUUGCUCUCUACAGAGCUCUCCUCUCGCAAUGCACCGCAGCACCAAUAGCCCGUGAAAUCCAAUCCCCCCUCCGCAACGCUAUCAGAAACCGCUUCAGAGACAACCGAGAGCUCCAGAGCCCCAGACUGCUCGAAAUAGCAUUCCGCGCCGGCUAUGAAGCAAUCGACUUCCUCGACGCCGCCGUCGCGGGCGACGCAGACAGUACCAAAAUUCUCGAAUUCCUAGUCACCGAGCUCCCCAAUAACCUCGUUCGCGAGAGGAAACCACCCGUCGUAAUUCCCAAGGAGGAUCGAAAACCCCACCUCUUAGACUGCCUCCCCCCAGGCGCCAAAGCACUCGAGCAGCACCCCCGCCCCACCGUCUCCGGACGCCGAGGGAUACCCAAACUAGUCUCUGCGAGUGGCGUCCCGUUCCUCCGCUUCACGAAGCCACAGCCCAGGAAUCUAAGCAGAAUAAUACGGCAGAAGAUUGACGGGAAGAACAAGCGGUUCGAGACCAGGGUUAUUCACUCAAAUUACUGGCUGCCGCUGGCGCAACAAGAGGAUGCGUGGGAUGGGUUGCUGAUGAGGUGGGUGAAGCCGGAGGAGAGGGAGCCGAGGUGGGCGGAGGAACAUCGCAUUGCGUUGAAAGAUAUUUUGAGGAAGUCGGAGGAGAAGAAAGACGAAACUAUACGGCUAGCGAAAUUGAUGCAGAAUAUCGUGGAGAGGGAGACAGAGUUGGCGAGGAUGGAGGAGCUGGAGCGGGUGGAAGUGAGGGAGCGGAAGGGUGCUGCGUCGAAGAGGGAGUAGGUUUUCCUAGUGUACUUACUGUAUGAGAGACCUUCGCAGUCCAAUGUACAAAAUUCUCGAGGUUGGUUCUGCCAGCUACAUGCCCAUGCACUCCGCAUGAGUGUGCGUGUGUAGGCCACUACAUGGGGUGCUUCAACGCAUUUUCAAAAUCUAAACGAUAUAGAAGCCCUCUGCCUUGGGCUAUGUGGAAACUUUUAAAGCGCUUCAAGCAGUGGUAGACAGAUGCACCUGUGUGACAUCGUGCUUGAAGAAGGUCAACAGAAGAUGGCAGCACACGAAUCCGUGAUUCUGAUUUUGGACUUCCU